UGGCUCAGCGACGGUGCUCUUUCCGCGGGAAUAUUCAAUAUCGCUUCGUCCUCGGCUGUCGAGAACGAAAAUGACUCGACGCCGGAAAACGACACGAUGGAAGGAGCCGUGUUAGGUCCUCAGUAUGCGAGCACCCUGAGAAUCGCCGUCAUUGGCACCAUGCUCGUCCUGUCUCUCGUCGGUAAUUCGUUCGUCUGCUACCGGCUUCUGACGUCCCGACGCCAGCGAUUGCUCAAGACGCAAGUCCUGUUUCUCAACUUGGCCCUUGCCGACCUCUUGGUCACUCUGGUCACAAUGAACACGCAGCUCCUCUGGGAGAUUGUGGGACGCGUGUGGGUCGCCGGUGACAUACCUUGCCGCGUGUUCAAGGUGCUGCAGACGUACGCGCUCGUCUCGUCCACGUACAUGCUGGUGGGCAUCGCCGUCGAUCGCCAUUUCGCCAUCUGCAGUCCACUGACACCGGCACCCAAGCCUCGGCUGGUGGCCGCAACCUGCUGGCUUCUCUCUUUAGUACCAUCCGUGCCAAACCUGUUCGCUUUCCGUCUCGUAGCAGUUCGGGACAGAAACUACUGCUCCUCGGUCUUUUACGUGUAUCGCGACUACACCGCCGUGCGGCAAAUCUACAUGGCGUUCAUCUUCGCUCUCGUAUUUGUCGUGCCGCUCGUGGCGCUGGUAGGGCUUUACGCGAGCGUACUGCUGCGCUUGUGGAAAGUAGCUGCCUACGCCACGCCGCAGUCAUUGCGAGAACGGCGCGUCGUAAAUUCCUCGGGCCGCGACCCGGACCGUAGCGCGCUGCCGAAAGUGCGCGUCCGAACACUGAAGAUGGCGGCAGUUAUAUCCUUGGCGUUCUUGGUGACCAAUCUUCCGUACAUGGUGCAAGAAAUGCUGUUGGCUUUCGCGCCCCACGUAUCGCUCGGACCACACGCGGUCGCGGUGUUCGGAGUCAUCUCGGCUUCCAACAGCGCCGUCAACCCGUACAUCUACCUCGCGUUCAACGGAGGCUCGGGCUCGACCGUGUGCGGGCGCGCGUGCGCGGCGUCUGCGUCGCCUGACGCGCUCCUCGGCUUCGAAGCGAAGCACCGUCUCGUUUAG